AUGGCAUACUUGGAAUCUUCAACAUACGGUAAAGAUAACGUCAAAUUCCUUAAGGUCAAGAAAGACCCACAUAACCCACAGAAACAGGAUGUUUUAGAAGCCACUGUGGAGGUUCUACUCAGGGGUGACUUCGAUGUCUCCUACACCAAAGCCGACAAUUCUCCCAUUGUUCCAACAGAUACCGUCAAGAACACCAUUUUGGUUGAAGCACGCAAGACUGACGUUUGGCCAAUCGAGAGGUUUGCGGCACAUUUAGGUGAACACUUUGUUGGUAAGUACUCACACGUUAGCGGUGUUUAUGUGAAGAUCAUCCAGCAUAAAUGGAGCAAGUUUAAGGUUAACGGGAAGAUACACGACCAUUCAUUCCAAAGAGACGGCGAAGACGUUACUCUCACCGAAUUAGACUAUGAAAGAAGUGGUGAAUUCAAACUAAGGUCUUCUUUGAAGGACCUCACUGUGUUGAAGUCGACGGGUUCUAUGUUUGUCAAUUACAACGUCUGUGACUACACCACCUUGAAGCCUACAACCGAUCGUAUCUUGUCGACAGACAUUGACUGUGUCUGGGAAUUUGAUAACAAGAAGUUAAAAUCCAUCAAGGAUGUUUAUAAAUUGGCCGAUGCUGGUGUGUUUGACUACACGAGAAGUAAGGUUCUCAAAAUCACGUUGGACAGGUUUGCCCUAGAGAACUCUCCGUCAGUCCAGGCAACCAUGUAUAACAUGUGUGAGGACAUCCUGAAGGAAUGUGAGUAUGUAAAGAACGUCACAUAUUCUUUGCCUAACAAGCACUACAUUCUCUUUGACCUCACUUGGAAAGGUCUCGAUAAUGAUAACGUAUUGUUCUAUCCGUCUGCGCAUCCAAACGGGUUGAUCAAAUGUACCGUCGCCAGAGACGUCAAGGCCAAAUUAUAA